AAGGACCAAUCUUGUUACCCUGUAAACACUGUUAUUAUCAUCGGUAUGGCUUGUGUCGUCGUUGGAAUAGUUAUUGGUGCUGGAGGAGCUGUUAUCAUCAUGAGGAAAUGUAAACCUCGCAGUGAUCGGUCAAACGACAGCGAUUCAUCACCUGAUCGUGGAACACCAGAGAAUGAGGACGUGGACCAGGGGCUUAGAGUCCAUGAUCAGUCACAGCGCAGAGUUCCACUAUUUACAUGUGGAACAACAAAUAAUGAUGGCAUGCAACAGAUGGUUAGAGUGAUGGAACAGAUGGUUAGAGUGAUGAAACAGACAGUUAGAGUGCUGAAUAAACUGCAGACAGAGCUGGAGAAGCAGACGGGUGAUGUCAGACAGAAAGUUGAGAACGUCGAGAAAGACAAGAAGACAAACAAGAAGGAGCUUGAGUCAGUGGAGGCCGAAUUAAAAGAGAGAGAAGCAAACUUUGACAAACCAGAGUAUUUGGUGAGACGAAAAGAAGAGCUGCUACACACUGAAUGGAAAUGGGAUGAAAUAAAGAGAAUUUAUGACCAACAGCAGAUAAAUAUUGAUAAAAUGAUGGAAUUAUUAGUCUGUGAGAACGUGACGGAGAGCUUAGAGAGAUCCGCUACUGAUGCAGGACGUUACACUGCUGUGACGUAUGAAACAGAAACAUGAAGCAAUCACAUGACCAGACAAAGACAAACUGUCUGAGAACAGAGAGCUUGUCCCUCCAUGGACAGCACGAUAACAAGAACAUCAAUACUGACACUUCUUUUACUCGGGCAGCUCCUCUCCCAUCACGUUGUCUUCAUCCUCCUCCUUUUGAUUCCUUUUCACCCACAUAAAUCUUGGGAUUGAUUUUUUUACUCUAAAUAAAAACGUUAAUCUUUGCAACUUUUAAACUUGAAAGUAGUUUUGUGAAAUGUGCAGUUUAAAAUGAUUUAUUACCUUUGAGUGCAGCUGAAUGACGAGAUGAUCACAUUUAAAUCAUGAAAGAACUAAUAGGAGAGCGACUUUUACAAAUAUGUAUUUGAAUACGUUCUUUUAAACGUCUCUGAACAUGUUUGCAACAUUUGUGAUUGCUUUUGUUUGACAUCUUCGUUUGGUUUGUGUUCGUUAGAGAUUUAAUCAAUCUUCUGUACAAAUUCAAAUAAAGUCUAUAAAGAUUA